CAGUUGCAGUUUCCGGUUUGUUACGUUUACUUCCUUUCACCGUUAGGUUAAGCGACACUAAAGGAGUUGUUAAAAAGAAGGAAUAAUAACUUUUUUAACUUUCUCUAAAAUCUUGCAAGGACCAGCCAUGUCGACACCAAAUGCACUCAGCGUCAAGCAGCCGCCGAUUCAGUCGACGGCUGGGGCCGUUCCGGUGCGGAACGAAAAGGGUGAGAUCUCCAUGGAGAAGGUUAAGGUAAAACGAUAUGUGUCCGGAAAGCGCCCUGACUACGCCCCCAUGGAAUCGUCAGAUGAAGAAGAGGAUGACUUCCAGUUUGUAAAGAAGGGCAAGGAUGUGGAGCCUGAGGUGGAGCUGGAGGAGGAGGAAGUUUCUGAUCCUCGACUGAAACGUCUGAUGAAUCGAGUCACAGAGGAUGUGGAGGAGAGGCUGGCAAGACACAGACAGAUUGCAGAGCCAGAACUUAUGGCAGAGAGCAGUGAGGAGUCUGAUGAAGGAACCUGGCACCCAGAACAUGAAGAGAGCAGUGAGGAAGAGGAGGAUGAAGAGGAAGAAGAAGUUGAUGAUGAGGAAAUUGAGAGACGCAGAGCGAUGAUGCGCCAGCGUGCGCAGGAGCGCAAGAAUGAGGAGAUGGAGAUCAUGGAGGUGGAGGAGGAGGGGAAGUCGGCCGGGGAAUCGGAGUCCGAGUCUGAGUAUGAAGAGUACACAGACAGUGAGGAUGAGACAGAGCCCCGACUAAAGCCAGUCUUUAUCCGCAAGAAGGACCGGGUGACUGUGGCGGAACGUGAGGCUGAAGAACAGAAGCAGAAGGAGCUGGAGAUAGAGGCAAAGAAGCAGGCAGAGGAGCGCAGGCGUUACACUCUUAAGAUUGUGGAGGAGGAAGCCAAGAAGGAAUUUGAGGAGAACCGGCGCACACUGGCUGCCUUGGAUGCACUAGAUACGGAUGGAGAAAAUGAAGAGGAGGAGUAUGAGGCCUGGAAGGUUCGAGAGCUAAAGCGCAUUAAGCGGGACCGUGAGGCACGAGAAGCCAUGGAGAAAGAGAAGUCAGAGAUCGAGAGAUUCCACAAUCUCACAGAGGAGGAGCGCAGAGCUGAGCUUCGCAACAAUGGCAGGCAGGUCACCAACAAAGCCAUCAAGGGCAAAUACAAGUUCCUCCAGAAGUACUACCACAGAGGAGCCUUCUUCAUGGAUGAAGAGGAGGAUGUGUUUAAGAGAGAUUUCAGUGCUCCCACCCUGGAGGACCAUUUCAACAAGACAAUCCUUCCCAAAGUUAUGCAGGUCAAAAACUUUGGUCGUUCCGGGCGAACUAAGUACACACACUUGGUGGACCAGGAUACUACGUCCUUUGACUCUGCAUGGGCUCAGGAGAGUGCCCAAAACAGCAAGUUCUUUAAACAGAAGGCCGGGGGUGUGAGGGACGUUUUUGAACGUCCCUCUGUCCGCAAGAGGAAAACCUAAUGCACUGAAGUGCAGUUGAACUGAAGCUCACUUGCUACCAGCUACCACCCUGGCCUUUGUCCAUAACAGACUGGGAGUUCUGUGUAUCAGGGAAGGUCAUUUGGCCUCCUAUGUUGUGACACAUUACUUAAAAGUGAGUGACGCCUCAGUUAUUUGCUUUUAAGAAAGUUGUUGGUCAAAAUCUGGAUUUUGUGUACAGUUUAAUAAGUUUCUGGUUGGCGUUUCAAUGAAAAUUUAAAAAAUGUUUGGUUUUUCCACAUUCACAUACUUUUCCUUCAAUUUAACAUUCUUAUUUUUCUUGUUCUGUGGAGCAUUUGUAAAUAACUUCUUGUAUCACCCAUGUGUAUAGAGAACUCGAUAGAUUUGAUUAAAUGAACUACUGGCAA